GGCUGGAUUGGAUUGCAUGAUGGCUUAGUUUUACGGGCAUCUGUCUGUAACAUCCAUAUCCGAAAGGACCAAAACGGCAAAACCCAUAUCCAUUUUCAAAACUCUUCUCGGUUAUCGCUUCACUUCACACCAUCGUCUCUUCUUGCUUAAACCCUCAAAAUUAAACUCCAUGGUUGUUCUCGGUUUUCCCUCUACACUUCGACUCUAGAACGGGUCGUUCUUAUCGCCAACUGCUACUUUCUUUUCCUCAAAUUUUGCAUGUCUUGCUUGCGCUUGAAGUUGUUCUCCUCCUUGGAUUUUAUACUGCUGGGUUGAAUUUCCACAGAAUAACGUAAUGCCCACCCAAUGAUUUGGUGUUCUCUGCAGAUUUUAUUAUCUGGGUAGUUAGUCGAUUAAGAAAUGGCAUCUCCUUCAGCAACUUGGCUAUACCAAGAUAUAGGACUAAGGGGUACAGUUUAUGCAGGUAGCUUUGUUAAUGGGAAACCAAGUUGCAGUCAUCUGCAGACAUCAUUUCUAGGUCCAUUUUCAGCUGGAAGGUUGCAAGUUCAAUUUGGCUUUAAAGCACUUCUGAAGCCUCCGUUACUUCAUUGUAUAAAGUGUGAGAAGAAGGAUGAAUAUGUUGAACAUAUAUCUGUUGAACGCCCGCCAUACCAUAGUUACAUGGACUCCACAUCUGGGCAACUUGAACCAGCAUCUGGUGCUCGUGCUAGUAUUCCAGGACAGGAAUACUGGCCAGAGGGCACUGCUGAUCGAGUUAGAGCUGCCAGAGCGCCUGAACCAACAGGCACAUCAACUGGAUCUCCAUCUUAUGGUAAAAGACCCGGAAGUAGGAGGAAAAAGCAUAGAACGUCAGCCAUUGCUCCUGAAUCUUCUGAAGUGACUACGGACUCUCCUGAGGCUCUUGAAACUCUUGAAGAGACAACGGAAGAACCUAAAGAUGUCUCAUCUGAUUAUGUGGUUUAUCAGACAGAACCUGAGGAAGAACAAGAAACUGGUUAUGAUCUAGACAAGAAACUAGGACACCCUCAUCCCUUUAUUGAUCCAAAAGUGAAGAAGCCAAUAGAGGGGACACUUACAAGUGAAGAAUCAUGGUGGAACUGGAGAAAGCCAGAGAAGGAGCAGUGGUCAAGAUGGCAAAGGAGGAAACCUGAUGUGGAAACGGUUUUUCUCAAAGCAAUGGCUGAAACUGGGCAAGUGAAGCUUUAUGGUGAGACUCCAACAUUGACUGAGUGUGCUCUUUACAGAGCUAGAAAACAUCUUUUUAAAGAAGAAAGGCUUCGAGUUGAACAAGAGAGACUGGAAAGAAUAGGUCCUAUAGCAUAUUACUCAGAAUGGGUAGAAGCAUGGAAGAGAGACACCUCACGUGAAGCUGUUCAGAAGCAUUUUGAAGAGACUGGUGAAGAUGAAAACACCCAACUGAUUGAAAUGUUCUCCCAUCAGACAGAUCGAGAAUACCGCAUAAUGAUGGGGACAGAUAUUCGUAUUCGUAGGGAUCCUUUAGCAAUGCGAAUGCGAGAGGAUCUAAUAAAGCAAAUUUGGGGUGGAGAUCCAGUUUACCCAACUAUCAACUACAUCCAGGAUCCAAAUGAAAUAGUUGAUUAUAGGGGUCCUGAUUUUCAUGAACCCACACCCAAUAUGCUGGCUUUCCUGAAAGAGCAUGGCAAAAUUGUACCUAGGGAGGAGUUCGAGAAGAUCAUGGCAAAAGAGAAGACAGAACAACUUGAGAUGACAGACAUGGAUGAAGCUAUGGCACAAGCUGUUGACAUUGGUGAAAAUGAUGAUGAAGUAGAGGAUAGUGAUGUUGAUGAAGUGGAAGAGGAAGAGGAAGAGGAAGAGGAGGAUGAGAAAAUUACACGCAAUUGGAGUGUUCUAAAGUCCACUCCUCAGCUUCGCAAGUCAAAGGAAAAGCCUAAAAAGAAUGGUUCCAUAUCGCUUGAGGAGGCAAUAGAAGAUUCAGAGAACUUGACUGAUUUUCUUAUGGACUUUGGAGAAGAGGAAUGAAUCCUAGCUACUCUGUUUCUCGAAACGAGAUUUCUUGUACGCAUAUAUGUAUUAGGAAAUCUAUUAAAAAUCUCCUCACACAGUCAAUGGAAUUGGAUCCACCUUGCCAUUUCAGGUGCAAAGGGAAGCUAUCAAGAAUGCUACUGUUAUUCCAUUUCUUAGCAUGAAUCUGUGUAUACACAGGUUUAAGUUUUUGAGUAGAUAUUCCUGUCCUGGUCAGCCAUUUUGGUAAUUAUGAUGCUAAUUCAAGACUUAUCCCUUCUUUUUCCA